AUGAAGAUCAUUUGCUGCCUCCAUUGUCAGCAGAGCAAUCAGCCACCGAAGAAGAAGGCUCUCAUCGUUGGGAUCAAAUAUGACACCCCGGAGUCUCCAAAAAGCCCAUAUUAUGUACAGCUUGUGGGGCCCCACAAGGAUGCGCAAGACUUCCAGGACUUGCUUAUUGAAAUUUAUGGCCUGGUGUAUAAGGACUGGUGCUCUUCAGACUUUAGCAACCAAGCAGACUUUGACCGUAAUCUGCCCACAAAGUUGGUUGCGGUCUCUGCAUGCAAUGAGCCUCGAAAUGAUGCUGUGAGUGCUACAGCAGCUUGCACAUCAUGCAGAGUUGAGGGGACAAGUGAUAACAAGCAAGCCCAACUCCACCUCUCCACCGUGCACCUGGAGAGCAUCCUCUUUGUCUUCUCAGAGGCCUACCUGCUUUGGCCAAGCCCACAGUCACAUGCACUCUCGCACAUCCACGUCUGCAUGAAGGCCGGCCACACACCGCUCGAUGCGCUCGAGGCAUGGACACAUGCACACGAAACUGCAUGUUUGCUCACGGGGUGCGCAGGGUGCUUGUUUGAUGUUGCACUUGCAGCAGUGCAGAUGGCGCUGCAUGCUGUGGAUGCAGACUUCCCAGCAUUCGUUGAGAAGGCACAGGUAGCAGGUUGGCAGGUGGACAAGGUCGGCCUCAUCAUGGGUGCUCUGGGGUCAGUGGCCGUUGAUGAGGGCAUGGGGGGUGUGAAUAUGGAUGUGGAUGCUGGGCAUGCAGUGGGGUGA